AAUGUAACCUUACAUGGUCGGAUAAAUAAACGUGCUAAAAGGAAGAAACAAAUUGUGCAUCAUUAUAACAAUUAGUAUGCAAUUGUGUGCUUCUGGAAUAUAAACCAUUUAUAUGCAAAGUUCAGGCGCAACAUAUCAUUCAAAACCUGGUAGUUUUAAUAACAGCAUGGCUCGGGCUAGUUUAUUGUUCGUACUUAUAAGUGUUGCGCUUUCGGCAGCCCAAGUCAUUCGAAGUCCCCCAGGUUCCACUAGUCCGGUAAAUUCUAUAAAGUCACCAGCAAGUGUGGAUGUGUACAGUGCUUUAGUGCAGGUCAGUAUCAGAUGUAAGAACGACCCAUACAACGGACUAACAUGUGCCGCAGAAUACCCAGACCAAUGCAAAGAGCAAUGGAACUUCCCCAAUCCAUGCACACAGAAUAACCUGGACAGGAAUAUCAACAGAUUUGUUCACCCAUUCGAUAAAACUAAGUUUCUAAUGUGUGGUCAGCUAGGCAAAUUAUAUGUUGUUCAAUGUCCACAGCAUGAGAUAUUCCAUGAUGGCUGUGGUGAAUGCGGUGAUGCAAGAAAUACAGCAUACUGUAGCGAAGUUGGCAGUGGAAGUAGUGGUAGUGGAAACAUGGGCAACAUGGGCAGUGGAAGUGGUGGUAGUGGCAAUAUGGGCAGUGAAAGUAUAAGCAUUGAGGGAAUUGUAGGUAAUAGUGGUAUAGGCAAUAGCGGCGGCAGCAUCAUGAAUGGUAUAAGUAGUGGUAUUGGAGGUGGCAGCGGUAUGGGCAAUAACGAUGGUAGCGUUUUAAGUGGUAUAAUAAGUAGCAGUGGAGGUGGCAGCGGUAUGGGUAACAGCGGUGGCAGCAUCAUGAAUGGUAAAAGUAGUGGUUUUGGAGGUGGCAGCAGAAUGGGCAAUAACGGUGGUAACGUUUUAAGUGGUAAUGUAAGAGGCAGUGGAAGUGGCAGCGGUAUGGGUAACAGCGGCGGCAGCGUCAAGAGUGGCAAAGGUAUUAUCGUUGGAGGUGGCAGUGGUACAGGGAGUAGCGGCGACAGC